UCCACACUCGUAGGGAAUCCGUCAGUAGUAAAUUUUGUUCUCAGUUUAUUUGUGCGACGCAAGCAUGUGCUAACAGCACUGGCCUAUCUGCAUAAUCCGUCAUAUGAUAUAUUGUAAUUACAUCAGAUAACGACGCUGUACUGCUGCUGUCUUUUGUGUUUCUAAUUCGAGUCUUCACGUGGCCCAUCUCGUACACGGGGAGGGGGGAUCGACCAUGCAUGCGUCUUACGAAACUGGGUGUCUGUACUAUUCCUUAAGCCGCAGCCUGUGUUUAAAAUUUACGAGUGGAACAAAACCAGCUGCACAGCAUUUUAUCUGAACCAACACACAAGUACAAAUUUGUUCUUAAGUAGCAGUAUGAAUAGUUGAUUUACAGAUUUCCAACAGUUACAAGUAAACGGCUGUAAGUUUACUACCAGGAUCUACCUCCGAAAUAUCCUAUGGAAGUGAUUACAUGAGUUCACAUGUGUUUAACAGUGAUUUAACUAUUUUUCGGACGUUUGAUGUAUUAAUAUUAUUUUACUAUACGAGAAUAUAUAGGCCUUUUAGAUAAGGUGACUUUGUUGUGUACUGAAUGUUUAAAUCUGUUAUUUGAACAAUAGUCGUUCGCUAUUGUUCCAAACCUAACCGUUUACUUGAUAUGGUAAAAACCAACGCGAGGCCUGAGUGUAGGCCGAGAAGGCGUUUCACCACUCAUCUUGGCUGUAGACUUCUGUUUCUGGUCGGUAUCCCGACAGUCUACUGUCUCAUAGCAGUCGGCGGGAAAGACGCAGAACGUCGAAACUUUCGGAAGCAUUUUUCAGGUCGCCAGUUGCUAUGGCACUCAGAAGACAUUGCUACAUUAGGUGCUGCUCAGAACUGCACUCCUCCUGCAAUAAACGAUUUCCCACCAGACCUGUUCACCCCAGAGCAGCGGCAAGCAGGGGCAGUGGCCAUCCAUGCAAUCAUCUGUUGCUACCUUUUCAUGUGUCUUGGUGUGCUUUGCGAUGACUACUUUGUUCCUUGCAUUCAGAAAAUGUGUAAACAUAUGAACAUGUCAGAAGAUGUGGCAGGUGCCACCUUCAUGGCAGCAGUAGUGUCAAGCCCUGAUCUCUUUAUCAAUGUGGUCGGCACAUUCAUCACAGAAGGAGACAUUGGUGUGGGCACUGUUGUUGGGAGUGCUGUUUUCAAUGUACUUGCUGUACCAGCUUGCUGUGGGCUCUUUGCGAAGCAGGUGAUUAAGGUGAAUUGGAGAUCAUUGUCCCGAGACUGUGGAAUUUAUAGUGUUGCAGUUAUAGCUCUGAUAGCAGCACUGUGGGAUGACCGUAUUGAGUGGUAUGAAGCCCUCAUUCUUGUACUGCUGUACUCUUUGUACAUAUUAGCUAUGUAUUACUAUGUGGAAAUUGGGCAUUGGUUAAGUGGAAGCUGCUGCAAACAGCAUCGACAUGGUUAUAAACAGAUACCUGGAAAUGCUAUCAUGACAGAGACAAGCCCUUUAAUUGCACAGUAUGUGCAUGGGAGCAAACUCGUUACUUUUGAAGUCACUCACCAAGUACAUGAGAAUGGAUAUGCAAAACAUAAUGGAGAUGUAGAAAGUAUGGAGAAUACUAUCAUUACCAUUGACAAGGAAAUUCCAGAGCAUACAAUUGGAUUAUGUAGUUGGCCAUCGAAUGACAGCUGCUGCAGCAAAUUGUGGUGGCUUCUUAUUAGACCACUUGCCAUAUUGUUGGCUGCAACAAUCCCAAAUUGCCAUUCAGAAUUCUGUAAGAGAUUCUACAUGGUGACCUUCUUUAUGUGUAUCAUUUGGAUUGGUACAACUUCCUAUCUGAUUGCAUGGAUGAUAACUGUUAUAGGAGACACUUUGAAGAUUCCAGAUUCUGUAAUGGGUCUUACAUUCUUGGCUGCAGGGAUGAGUGUACCAGAAGCUGUUUCAAGCAUGAUCGUAACCAACCAAGGUCAUGGAAACAUGGGAAUCAGUAAUUCUAUUGGUUCAAACACGUUUGAUAUUUUGCUGUGUCUUGGACUGCCUUGGCUGAUCAAAUGUGUUUUCCUACCUGCAGUUGAAGGCCAACAUUAUAUUCAGAUCAAUUCUGGUGGUAUGGCAUACAGUGCUGUUUCCCUUUUUUCUACGCUAUUUCUUCUCUAUGCCGCUUUCUUUUUCAAUGAUUUCAAACUAGAUUACAAAGUUGGAGUAGUCUGUCUUUUCAUGUAUGUAGUAUUUCUUAUUAUGGCAACCCUCAUAGAACUGAACACAUUUUUUCUUGUGAAUCUCCCAGUAUGUGGGCAGGGAUACUAGUCUAAAUGCCCCCUCAUUAUUGUCUGUACAGGAAUGUGAUUAGAUGUGUUCUUUCUAGAAAAAUGCCUUAGCUAUUUUUAAUUACUUAUCCAGUUUAAUCUUUAAACUGCAAUGUACAGAAUUGAUUUUAUAUAUGAGAAAAGGACAAGAUACUGAAAAAGUUAUGUGCAUAGGAGAACACCUGAUUAAAUUCGCUUUCAGACUCAAAGACUGAAGGGAAGAGACCAUCUGGAAGAUGUAGAUAUAGAUAGGAUAUUAAUAUUAAAAUUGGAAGAAAUAGGAUUGGAGAGUGUGGAGUGGAUUUAAUUGGCUCUGAGCUUAUUCUCUCUUGGAAUACAACAGAACCACGUCUCAUAACCUUUCCUACAAAAACAGUAAUAAAUUUGACAUUUGCAUAUUUAUACCUAUUAAUGUUAAUACAGUUUGCAUUAGUUUGCAAACAUGGAAUUUGUAGACCCAUCCUUAUCUUAUUCAUCCUGAGUUUCCCUUUUUAUUGGUUUCCUGUUCUCAUAUUCCAUAAAAAUCAAUUGUUCUAAACCCAUUUCUUCAAAUUCCUUGAAUAACCAUGUUUUGUUUUACACUUUCCAAUAACAAUUGGUGUCCAGUCAGUUAGUUGUUUCAACUACUUCUCUCCUCUGAUUCGGGCCAGCAAUCUUCAAGUUUCAGCUCUUCCCAUGUUUUUAAUGUUCCUCAUUGAUAUACUCUAUAAAUGCCAAUCAUUUCAGUUCCCUUCCUCCCUUUACUUCAUACAGUUAUCAUAACCUCUAUGAUUUUAGUCUUAGAUUCAUCUCUGUCAAUCUGUAUCUUGUAAGUUUGGUUAGCCUAAGCUAGUUUUUUUACCUCAGUCUUGUAGCAUGUUGUAAGUAAUCAUCUUUUCCAUUCAUUGAACCUUGCUGUGGUGUAAAAUGGCAUAAAAUGUUCUUUGAAGUCUCAAAUUGUCAGCUGAAAUGUUUUUAAAGUCUGCAGAGCGCGAGAAAUAUUUUCUAUUGUAAUGCAAGUCACAUUCACUCACAGAACUUCCAGUUGGCAGAGGGAAGAGGUUAAAUGGGGAAAUAUUAAUAUAAGAGGGAGGAAACUGAAUUAGGAAGCAUUUUCUUCUGGUCACUGUGCAAAAAUAAAUACAGUUCUCCACAUAAAAUUUCACUGAGAAUGAAAUCUGUGGGAAAGAAUAAAAUGUGAGAUAAAGAAAUGUCAGUAUGAAUUAUUAUUUUCAUAUUUCAACACACAAUGGCUUGUUAACAAAAAAGAAUACAUUCAUUUCAAUGAGGACUGAAAAUGAGAUGAAGAUAAAGUACAUGAUGACGCAUGUGAAGCCAAGCCAUUUUCCAAGCUGGAAUUUGAACAUAGCUAUAACAGCAUAAAGCAGCAGAACGCAGCCAAGUAGAGAGAAACAAUUGUACGUUACUCCUUCUGACAUGAUUUCGACAUAACCGGUGCUUGCAUCUCCAGUCUGGGCAAUUUGUACAAUGCAUUUGAUGAACCAAGGCAUCGCCAGACAGAGAAGAAUGUUAAGAGUAUUGGCUCCAACAGAGGAACUGAUCCCCAUGGCUCCCAUACCUGCAAAAUGGGAAAUAGCAUACAUUGUAACUGUGAGUCUGAAUGAACACAGGAUGUUCUCCUGAAGGAUCAGGUGCUUGCUUACAUAUAUUUACUUGACUCCAGUCUUCCUUUAUACCGACUCUGGACAAUUACUUUCCUUUUCCCUUUUUCUCAUUGACCUGAAAAAGGCUUUGUCCCCCCAAGCUGUGAUUGGUCAGUCUUGUUUGCCUUGGCCCAGUCUGUGCAUUUUAUAUUAUCCAUCCACAUCCCAGCUUCCUUUAAAAUGUUGGUAACCACCUCUGUGACUGCGUGGUGUUACCACUAAGACGACUACAGUCUAAAGCAUGUGAAUUAGUUAUAGUGCAAUCAUUCAGUCUAAUUCCCAUGCCUUUUCUGUGUUCAAAUUAUAUGAUAAACCACGUGAUGAAUAAUAAAGCAUAGCUUUUGGUCUGUGUUGCUGUUCCUCCUCA